AUGCAGAGGGAUAGACAACCCACCGAGUGGGUCAUGUUUGUAGACGACGUAUGGAAGGAGGUCGAAGUUGACGGAGGUAAUAUACUGGAAACGGAAGGUCGAAGAGGGGUCCAAGGACAGGUAUCUGUUGUUUCUGCCGAGAACGAACAUUAUCUAUCUACCAAAGAAACCACGGAUAAGGGAGAUCUAGACGUGUACGGAAUAUUGAACGAAGGAAUGGGGCUCAAGGAGUACCUACAUUCAUGGAUGCAGCUGAAGGUCGAAUUCAGGACCGGGGACAUUGGCCUUCGAGAAUCUAGACGAAGAUUUGGGAAGGUAGACGAUGAAGACGACAAGUUCAAAUGUGAUUGCGGCUCCGAGUGCAAGGACCGGGUUCAUGUAGUUGCGGACUGUCCGUUGUACAAGCUGAACAAUCUGCUGACCCUUGUGGCCCUUCGCGACUCGAGGUUGACAGGAAGCGCCCAAGACAAGAACAUGCCAAGCGACCUCACCCGGGCAUUCCUGGAAAAGGUGGUGCGGGGGUCAGGCUGGAGCCUAGCCGAAGUGGAGAGCCUCAGCCUCGAGGGGGAGGGCAUACGCUCCCUGCGCGGCUCUCUCGGCGGCCUGCGGAGACUGGUGUAUCUCAACCUCGCUCGGAACAUUCUCUCGUCGUUGCUGGGCAUCGAGCACCUGGUGUCGCUUGGAACCUUGGUUCUGCGUGAGAACCGCGUGGAAAGCAUCGACGAGGUCGGGCGACUGUCUUGCCUUGGAGACCUUCGGAAUCUCGACCUUCGCCGUAACCCGGUCAUGGAGACUGCCUCGCGCAGGCACGGCGGGGGGAGAAGCGGCGACAGAGGCAGCGGCAGCCCCCGGGCCGAUGUCGUCGCGGUGUUGCCGCAGCUUGUCACCCUUGACGGUCGGGGGGUGAGGGAAGACGAGCGGCUGCCUCACCGACCGCGGCGGGGGCAGCAGUGCCAGCACCAGCACAAUCACCAGCACCAGCAUUGGCAGCAGCAACAGCAACAGCAGCAGCAGCGGCAGCAGCAGCAGCAGCAGCGGCAGCAGCGAGGUUCCGCUCGGUUUCCCGCAAGGCCCGCCACAUCCGCCCGAAGUCCUCGCUCGAAAACGGGGGAGCCCGAAGGCUUGGCGAGCGCAGAGCGACGAGAAGAAGGAGACGGUCUCAGAACAACAACAACAACAACCAUGAGCGCACGAAGAUCUGGCAACAGCAACAACAACCAGAGCUUUUCACCGGAGGCGGGCGUGGCGCGGCUGUCCCGACGCAAUCGAAAGGACGACGUCGCGGAGGCGGGAAGUGGGGGGCUUUGCCUCCCUGCACCGGCUACGGCGGCGCAAUUUUCGUCUGCCGGGCUUCGCCCAGAGGGGCGAGUCGCCGUACCCGUCGUGGGAAGACCUAAUAUAUCCUCUCAAACACCGAGUUGUGACGAUGAUUCCUCGAAACGUGGAGACAACGGGUGGGGACGUUCGGUGGGUGGCAGUAGCGGUGCGGCCGAGCCCCGAGAGAGCGGUUGUGGCGCUCCUGGAAGGGGGCGGCGGUGGGGGGACUCCCGCGAACUUCACGUCGUAGAAAUAGCGGCGGGUGGCGGGGGCCGCGCUGACUGUCGAAGGGAGAAGGGGCGUUCCCUUUCCGAACACCCGGCUGGGAUCGUAGUUGACUGGGCCAGGAGAAAGCGCGACCUCUCCGGCGCCCAAGGCGCCGGCAAGGGCCGCAGCAGCAGCAGAAGCAGCAACAGCAGCUUAGCCGGGGGCGAUUUGGUCUCUCUUCAUCUCGAAGAUGGCGUCGACCUUGUCGAAACCGUUUGCGGCGGCGGCGACGCGGGCGAGGAAGCCGUUGUUGUAGAGGAUCUGGGCGGCAAAACGCGGAUGCCUCAUGCUGGCGGGGGUCGUUUGGGCGGGAGGGCUUGCGCUGAUGAUGACGGGCAUCGUCAUCCUCGUCGCCAGGAGCCGCCGCACGUCGCCGGAGUGGCCGCUCCGUGGACACCAGCAGCAGCAACAGCGGUAGAGCAGCCAAGCAGCGGCAGCGGUGGUGGUGGCGGCGGUGGCGACGGUGACGACGACCUCGCCGCCCUCUGGCGCGAGCUAGGUACCACCAGAGAGUCGCUCACACGCGUCGGCACGCCGUUGGCCCCACCGCCGCCGCCGCGGCCCACUUCCCCCUCCUCUUCCUCCGCCCGCGAUUCCAAGGCCACCGCCACGACCACCACCACAAGCAGCAAGAAGUACGCGACAGCGGCGAGCGGGUCGGCAGCAGCGCGCGCCGUGGAGGCGUUUCGUCGGAGCUCCCAAAGGCUUGGCCUCCUCUAUGCGGGUGCCGGCCCGGCCCCCGCCGCCGCCGACGGCGUCGCCGUGGAUGGCGGCCGCCGCAGCUUGGCGAUCAGUGUUGGCGACGGCGAUGGCGCGGUCGAGGACGCCGCUCCGAGGUCACCACUCACCCCGACGACGACGACGACGCCAGCCCGCACGGCACGUGACCUCCCUUGUUGCCCCGGGAGUAAAGGGAGGACCGCCGGGUGCGGACAUGGAGACUGUGCCGGGAGCGCUGACGAGAGCCGGGGGGGCGGCGGAAGCGGCUGCGGUGGCCCGAAAGGGCCGACGGACACGAAGUGCGGCGACGACGUUACCCCCGCCGCCCGGUCGGCUUCCCCGGUGGCGGCCGUCCUAGUUGCACCCUCGACGGGGCGCCCGGCGUUCGCCCGUGUGCGUCGCGGAGAGGAGGAAUCGGCGAUCACGGCGGCUGGGGGCCGGGCGCUUGCAGAGGGUGAGGUGGCAGCGGCAGCGGCGGCAGACGCGGGGGGGAUGUGGUUCCCGGCGCACGGUGACAUGGCAGAGUGGUGGUGGGCGAGGGAGAGGGAGUUCGAGGCAAAGUGGUGCGCGCGAGAGAGGGAUUUCGAUGCGAGGUGGGCCGCGAGGGAGAGGGAGUUCGACCAGAGGCUACACGAGGGGUCCAAGGAGUUCGCUGCAGAAAUGCGGUCGAUGCUGCUCAGCGCCCACGAAGCGCUGAUUUCGUCGAACGCUAGGCUCGUGGAGAGGCUCAAGGCAGCGGAGGCAGCGGCAGCGGCGGCUGCGAAGUUAGCCUCGACAGGUUCUCCGACGUCGGCCCCGGGGGGAGGGGCCACCGCCCGCCGGAUGUGGAGCAGCAGCGGCAGCAGCAACGCCCAGGCCCGCCCCGCGACCUCGGCGGCAGGCAGCAGCACCGCUGAUCUGCGGUCGGCGAACACGGCCCUGCUGCUGCGCCGCUGGCGCCCGUCCCGGAGCGGAGUCAACGGCGGCGCCGUGUCCGAAUAUUCGGAUCACGUUGCUGCCCCCUCCGCUGGCGUUGGUGGUGCCGGUGACCCCGGCGGCGAUACUAGACCUUGUGCUUUUGGUGGUGCCCGCGUUUGCCGCGCUGCUUCGGUGCCCGUGCCUCCUCCUCCUGCCGACGAUAACGGCGGGGGUCGCUCGCGCUCGGGAGGCGCGAUGGGCGUGAUUGCUCCCACCGUUGCCUUCGCCGACUCCCAGAGUCGAUCUUUUACCGCCGACGUACCUGCAGCAUCUGGGUACAAGAGCGUCGCUGCCUCUGCGGGCGAUAUGGAUCCAGUGCAGCCGCCCCAAGGGGAUGGUGUUGUCGAGAGCACGGGUAAAGUGGCACCCGGCACAGAGGGGGGCAAGGAGACGGGGAGGGGCAGCAAAGCGAUUGUGUCGGCCGAUUCUCUCGGGAGGGUCGAUUCUUGGCCGCCAUCGUGUCUAGUAGGCCAAGGGGUAGAUGAUGGAGGUGGUGUUGAGGUUUCCUCGUUGUCGUGUAGUGACGAAGGAAGGGAAAGGCGUAUUGCUGGUGAUGGUUCUGCGAGCCCGCUUCCAAUCGACGCGGUCUCGACCGCCGAACGUUCUCAGGAGGGUCAAGGCGAUUUGAAAGGGAGGGCUCGUUGUAUGGUUCCACCUGUCUGGGAGGCCACCCCAAUGUCAAACUUCGAUGAGAGUUCCAAACUGGACGGUGUUGUCGCUGUUGACGCUGCUUCGGCGCCUCUUGCUGUAGCAUGUGAUGGUGGCGAGGUGUUUGGCCGUGAGCCCGAGGUUACCUUCUCUGUCUCCUAG